AUGUCCCUCCCACUUCUGUGCCUCCUGCUACAUUCUCUCGCGCUCCCCCACACCCCACCUCGCCUCCCACCCCUCCCUCCUUUACGAAUACAGCGGCUACCUCCCUCGCACCCCGUCGGAGCUCCAUCCACGCCCGCCUCUGCAACCAGUCAGCACAAUGGCUUCAACGCAGAGACGCCCGGUAUCGACGCAGUUGCCGUUGCCGUUGCCGUUGCCAUUGCCGUUGCCCUCGCUGAAACAGCUUCAUCUCUGAGCGCAAACGCAGCGCCACCAGAGGCUGGCCCUUCGCGGUCCUCGCCAUAUGCUUAUACGUUGCAUUCAAGCUCGAUCCCUGGCUCGCAAACACCACGAUACACAUUUGCGCCUUCCCCAGAACCUAUUUCCGCUCAACCGCAACAACAGCAAAGGCACCAACAGCCGCCACAACAACCACCGCGGCCUCAGGUACAGCAGACGCAACAGCCACAACAAGAGCAGACGCACUCCGCUGCUCCAACAGGGUGGCAGCCGUUCUAUAACAACACUGCACUGACGGCUUUCGGCAUGGCAUUUUUUAACGAAAUUUUCAACCAUUUGGAUAUUAAUCGCACCGGCCUAUUACUGCCAGAGCAGUACUCUGACUUCCUUGAUAUUAUUGGCUACAGCCUUGACCAGAACGCCUGGAAAAAUCAAAUGUCUAAACCCGUUUUCGGCUACAACCCACAGGAUUUUGCGGACUACCAGCUCAGACAAGAAUAUAUUAAUUUAUCCAUCGACCACGUCAUGGCACCCCGCCCACCUUCCGCCCCUAACACCGACUUAAGAUCCUCCUUCUCCUCUCUCCGUAAUAUAGUGCCACCUUCCUUGUCUAAAAUCUUCGAUUCUGUCCCAACCGGCAGCUCCAUCUCCGGUAACCAAAUGCCCCUCCUCACCCGCCGCGGUUUCAUGGACAGUUGCGCGAAUGAGUUCCUCUACUAUCCUAACGACGGGUUCAGCUGCGUGACAAAGGCCGCAAGGCACUAUGGGAUCUGGCGCGAGUUGGGCGAUGUGCCGAGGAAUGUGUUCCCUGCAGUAGCGCCGAAGGAGCUACUAGACCGUGUGAAAAUGAUUAACAUUGAAGCGACAAGGAAGGCAGAAGAUUUAUUAGCAGCGAAGACGAUAGAGGCGAAGCUUGCAGCGAAAGGGCGGAGGCAGGCGAUGAAUUUAAUAGGGGGUGAUCGGUGGGAGUAUAUUUAA